AUUUAGUUUUUUCUUAAGAAAUUGUAUGUACACUAUACAACAUUUUUUAAAAAAAUAUCGUAUUGAGAUGUUUUCAGCUCCAAUUGUUAGAAGAUCGGGGGAACGCGGAUUGUUGUAUGCUGCAGAGCCUCUUGAUGCGUGCUCGGAUUUAAACAACAUGGCGGAAAAAGGAUCAAAGUUUAGGUCCUCUUAUAUAUUGAUUGUCCGUGGUGGCUGUAGUUUUGAGGAAAAAGUUAGAAAGGCGCAGAAAGCUGGAUACAAAGCUGUUAUUGUUUAUAACGAUGGAUAUGAUGAGCUCUUAGUACCUAGAAAUUCAUCUGGUGUGCAUAUACAUGGCUUGCUUGUUACAAGAGCAUCAGGGGAGGUACUUAAAGGGUAUGCGGGUCAAGCCGAGAUGGAGCUUUUGCUCAUCCCGGGAUUCGGGAUUUCAUCGUGGUCUAUCAUGGGUAUCACUUUCAUAUCUUUACUCGCCAUGUCUGCUGUUCUAGCCACUUGUUUUGUUGUCCAUAGGCAUCGAAUUAGACGGCGUGUGAGGGAUUUACCGCAUGGUGGCCAAGGACUUUCUCGUAUGCCUCGAAAAUUGUUGCAAAGCAUGCCGACUGAAGUAUAUACCGGUGUUCUUGAAGAAGGUUCAACUUCGGUUACUUGUGCUAUAUGCAUCAAUGAUUAUUGCGUCGGUGAAAAACUCAGGAUUUUACCUUGCAAACACAAAUUUCAUGUGGUGUGUAUCGAUUUUUGGCUCGGACAUUGGAGAUCCUUUUGUCCGGUUUGUAAACACAAUCCAAGAACAGGAAAUGGUGUUCCACCUGCGUCAGAAACAACACCUCUGCUUUCUCCUAGCUUGAACUCUAUAACUUCACUACAAUCAAUUUAUGAUCUACCAAUAUCUCUUGCUUCGGCGAAAGUAAAGUUGAUCGGGAAAAACACAAUUCUCUCCUUUGAUGAUGUUGAAGCAACUUUCACUCCAGCUAUUAGAAGAUCGGGGGAAUAUGGAAUGUUAUACGCUGCAGAGCCUCUUGAUGCGUGCUCGGAUUUAACCAACAUGGCGGAAAAAGGAUCGAAGUUUAGGCCCUCUUAUGUAUUGAUCGUCCGUGGUGGCUGUAGUUUUGAGGAAAAAGUUAGAAAGGCGCAGAAAGCUGGAUACAAAGCUGCGAUUGUCUAUAACGAUAGAUAUGAGGAGCUCUUAGUACGUAGAAAUUCAUCCGGGGUCCAUAUACAUGGCGUGCUUGUUACAAGAACAGCAGGGGAGGUACUUAAAGGGUAUGCCGGUCGAGCUGAGAUGGAGCUUUUGCUCAUCCCGGGAUUCGGGGUUACAUCUUGGUCAUUCAUGGCUAUCACUUUCAUAUCUUUACUCGCCAUUUCUGCUGUCCUAGCCACUUAUUUCUCUGUCCGUAGGCAUCGAAUUAGACAGCGUGUGAGGGAUUUACAUCAUGGUGGCCAAGGACUUUCUCGUAUGCCAAGAAACUUAUUGCAGAGCCUGCCGACAGAAGUAUAUACCGGUGUUCUUGAAGAAGGUUCAACUUCGGUUACUUGUGCUAUAUGUAUUGAUGAUUAUUUCGUUGGUGAAAGACUCAAGAUACUACCUUGCAAACACAAAUUUCAUGCGGUGUGUAUCGAUUCUUGGCUCGGACAUUGUAGAUCCUUUUGUCCGGUUUGUAAACGCAAUCCAAGAACAGGAAAUGAUGUUCCACCAGCGUCGGAAACAACACCUCUGAUUACUCCUAGCCCGAACUCUAUUACUUCACUACAAUCGUUUUAUGAUCUACCAAUAGUUGUCAGAGUAAAUCUGUAAGUACCUCAUUAGAUCCCAAAGAUAUGCAAUUGAGAGCCAAAAGGAUUCAUAAAUAAAAUGGAACAAUCAUC